CACUUCCUACCUAUUCAAAUAUGUUUGCUGAUGCCUUCACAUGAAAGUAGUUAAGAAUGAUGGCCACAUUUGGCUCUUGAAUUGUGUUGCUUAACAGCCUAGGAAGUUUUCUAAGAAUAAUGACUUCUCUCCUCUUUUGUUUGAAGUAAAUUAAAAAAGCACUGGAAGGUAUUAGCGUAUCGGAGGACAGAAUAUAAGAAGAGAGCGCACAGUGGUAAAAUAAAGCACCAGAAGGACGCCAUGGAGAGAGAUGUAAAGAAGAUGAGGGAUUACUUUAAGAGUGGGAAGACCAAAGAGGCAAGUUGGAGAGAAUGUCAACUUCAAGGGCUGCGUCGUUUCCUCAUCGAGAAGGAGGAAGACAUCUCCAGGGCUCUCUUGCAAGAUCUCGGGAAACAUCGUGUAGAGGCUUUUAGAGACGAGGUAGGAACGGUGAUGAAGUCCAUAAACUUUGCUCUGAAGAAUUUGAGAGAAUGGAUGUCGGGCCAAAAGGCCAAAUUGCCGCAAAUAGCACUGCUUACCAGUGCAGAAAUUGUUCCGGAUCCUCUGGGCCUUGUCCUCAUCAUUUCAUCUUGGAAUUUCCCCUUUGGACUGUCAUUGGAACCCCUGAUCGGAGCAAUAGCUGCCGGAAACAGUGUAGUGUUAAAGCCUUCGGAGUUGUCGUGUGCGUCGUCAUCUCUGCUAGCCUCUGGGCUCACCAAGUACCUGGACAGUGAGGCCAUUAAAGUUGUCCAGGGGGGGCCUGAUGUGGCGGAGCAAUUACUCGAGCAUCGAUGGGACAAAAUAUUCUUUACAGCAGGGAGUGCUCGAGUGGGCCGGAUUGUGAUGUCCGCGGCCGUGGAGCAUUUGACGCCCCUCACUUUGGAGCUGGGAGGAAAAUGCCCCGCCCUCGUUGAUUCCCUUUCCUCUUCCUGGGACUUAGAGGUGGCUAUAAAACGGAUUAUUGUGGGCAAAUAUGGCACUUGUGCUGGUCAAGCAUGUAUAGCGGUCGAUUACGUCCUCGUAGAGAAGAGAUUCUCUUCCACACUGGUGGAAUUGAUGAAGCUCUGGAUCAAGAAAAUGUUUGGAGAAAAUCCGAAAGAAACCAACACUAUUGCGAGGAUCGUUAAUAAACAACACUUCUUUAGACUCAAGAGUCUUCUGGCUGAUGCGGAGGUCAACAAAUCGGUGAUUUAUGGUGGCUCAAUAAUGGACGAAGAAAACUUAUUUAUUGAACCAACAAUCCUGGUUGAUCCUCCACUUGAAGCGGCUAUCAUGACAGAAGAGAUAUUUGGCCCAUUGCUUCCCAUUAUUACUCUGGAUAAAAUCGAAGACGGUAUUGAGUUCAUAAACUCUAGGCCUAAGCCUCUAGCGCUUUAUGUCUUCACCAAAAACAAAGAACUACAACGAAGAAUGAUAUCUGAAACAUCAUCAGGAAGCGUGACCUUCAACGACGCCAUUCUGCAAUACGCUGCGGACAGCCUCCCAUUUGGGGGAGUAGGCGGCAGCGGAUUUGGCAGUUACCACGGCAAGUUCUCGUUCGACACAUUCAGCCACCAAAAGGCCGUUGUCAGAAGAAGCUUCCUCACUGACUUUUGGUUUAGGUUUCCUCCUUGGACUCCCAACAAGCUCCUACUGCUUGAGACGGCUUACAAUUAUGACUAUCUGGGAUUGCUUCUCGUCUUGCUUGGCUUGAAGAGGCCUUCUAAACGCAUCGCCCUCUUUUAGGACUUUGCUGUUCGAUCACAGCUUGAGCUCUCAGUACGUAGUACGGUGAAUCCAACGUUUCUUUCGACCGGUAGGUUGGAAAUGUUGCACACAUGCACAGCACCUACAACUUAAUUGCACUACCCUUUUCCUUAGUACUUACACUCAACUGAUGAUGUAUCACAGUGUAUCUUGCUCCUUUAUCAUGCCCUUUUUCCCGUCUCCUGGUGGGAUAAAAGAGAGUACUCUAAAUUCUACGUGAAUAAUACACGUAAAUCUCUUGUUUUUCCACCCAA